AACGAUGAUGUGUAAAAACAUAUGCCGUCAACAUCUGCGUCCCAUUUGAAGAUGAAAACAAUGCGAUGCGCAAGUUUAUCUUCGUAUUUUGGACAAAACAUAGAGAACUGCCGGUAAGUUGCGCGAAUUGGAAAACGUUGCAAAGAGUCUGUGUUUGUUUUCAUGCAAUAAAUGUCAUAUUCAAUCCUUGUGAUAUGUUAAUUCAUGUCGAGAGCAGAUUUUUUUAAUAUUCUGUAUUUAUCUACACUAGAGAAUUUUUUUUGAAAUGAUUAAUAACUCGUUUCUUGUUUUUUCUUUAUGAUUUAGAUUUUUUAUGAUUUUUCGGGUAAUUUGCUAUUAAUUUGCUAUGAUUUCGUGCACAGGAAAAAACGAAAUUAAAUUACAAUAUCCGCUAAAAUAUCAUCCCACAUGUUCUGUUUUUGAAUAUCGUCUCGAUUGAACUGCUAGCUACAUAACAAUUUGCCUUUUUUUAGUACUCGGAGCUUCAUCCAACAAUUGCCGUGCACGGCAACUCCACAUACACCCCAAAACUGCUACCAAGAACCAAUAUCGCAACACUCGUUUGAUUAAUCAUUUCCUACGAAUUGUGGAUUAACUGCGUGGUUUUUGGAUUCUGUUUGGCUCAUUUGUUGGUUUGAACCAACUGGUUUUUCUUUUUUUCAUAUUUUAAGCUCAUUUCUUGGUGCUUUUUACUGAUUUCCCGCUACAAGCGAAUUCAAUACUUGGAAGAACAACUCUUGUUUUUUAAGCGUUUAAUUGAGUUGGUUUUAAAACAUAGUCAUCGUCCUAGGUCUGUGUAUUAACAACUUUUGGAAUUGAUUAAGCUCAAUUAAGUUUUCGAUAUUUUUCUUCUUCUACCCUAAGACUUGUUUUCUCUCCCUUUUCACCAUUAUACCAUCAGUUCUGUAACUGUUGUGUGGUCAUUGGUUCUCCUGCAUUUUUGUUUUGUUUUCUAAAUCGCGUGUGUCGAUACAACGGGGUUCUGCGGCUAGUCGUUUAUUAGUACGAGUCUCGUCUUGUCCAUUACAGAAAAUCUGCAAUUGUCUGGUCAUUCUUAAAAUUUUUUCUUCUUUUCUUUUCUUUUCUCUCCUUUUAUUUUAUUUUUCUUUUUUUUUUUCACUACUUCUUCAAGCUCUCUCACUCGUUCCAUUGAUUGCUGGUCAUUGCAAUGGGUCGUAAAAAAAUUUCAAUUGCACCAAUCCAGGACGAACGCUCGAGGAGUGUCACUUUUAUCAAGCGUAAACAUGGACUAUAUAAGAAGGCAUAUGAAUUAUCAGUUCUCACCGAAUGUGACAUCUCCGUUAGCAUUAUCGACAAAAAAGGUCGAUUAUAUAUUUUUUCAUCAACUGAUUUUCAUGAAAUGUUAGAGCAAUCAAAGAAGCUUGAAAUUCAUGAAGCAAAGUCUCCUAGCGAUUUUUACGAUGGAGAAGCAAACAUGGACACAACACCCCAACCGGUUGACGAAAGCUAUCAUUCGCAAAUGACUGCUAAUGGUACUCGAAGGCAACAGACUCAGCCCAGCAAGCCAUAUGAAACUUACAAUUUCUCCGCCUUACACAAACAUACAGCAACAACCUGCUCAUGUUCAACCCCCCGUCAUUACACAUUCCGCAUCUCAAGCUCCAAACCCAAACCGUCAACAACAAUACCUUCCCUCUCCCUCAAAUGCUGGUCCCUCCAACAGCGGUUCGUGGAUGAUUGACUCUUCCAUGGAAUAUGUUCCCGCUGUUUCGGGCUCUAGCAGUCCUUCUGUUCCUGGUCUCCCCCGCCAAUCCAUGCCCUCUAUAUCGUAUGGACACGCAGAACAAGCUAUGGCGGAUCAUUUGCUUCACUCGGGACAUCCUUCCCAUAACCCCGGAGUUGUUUCUUCGGUUCCUAGAGCGGGCGUCCCCGUCAUGUCGUCCUAUAGUAUGGAAUACUUUGACAAUGAUACCGUACCACCUAUGAACUUUGCCUAUCCUUCCCAUGGAAUGCCCUCUCAAUCUGUCAUUUCAAGUGUUGUCCCCCCUGUCAAUACCCAUUCACUGCCACCGCCCUACAAACUUUCUAUUCCCGAUGGUAACAGCCCGUACGCGUCUCCUGUUAGCGCUACAGGCCCUAAUUUUCCUAAUGUUCCCUUUCCACAACAACGCGUCCCAAAUGACUCUUUCGGAAGACCCAAUCCAAUGCAACAGGGAAAAAAUUCCCAGUAUCCCAAGUCUCGAGACUUUCCGGUAGAAAGCCCAACAUCGUGGCGGAGGACUUGGGACAUGCAAUGGAACUUUCCCUAAACGCUAUCUACGUGCACCUACUGAUGUACACAACAAUUGACGCUGGAUAUAAAACAGCGCAAACCAAUUUACAAUUGUCUUUGCCGAGGCGGUAUUCCGGAUUGCCGUGUUCGUCGGAGAGUACAUUUUUUUCAAAAUUCUUCAAUGGUCGUCUUCAAACAUUUCGCCGGCACAGCAUGCAUUAAGCAUCUUCUACACCUGUUGUUUAUAUAUUUCUUCCAUGUUUGCAUUCGGUUUUGGUUAACUUCUUUGUUUGUGCA